GCAGAAUGUAUUGUUGGUGACUGAGCUCUAGAUUUCCUCUGCCCAAUUCUUUGAUUUUCCGAGCAUAUAAUUUUUUCUCCACCAGGCUCCGUCCAGUGACGAAAUAAUCCCGACCUCAAAGUCUUAACUGUCACCACGCAGAGCCCUGGGACGACAGUUUAGAUUUCAGACGUUUGAGGCGGGAUAGAUUGCUGAAGAUGCCCGUCGUCAACGUCGACGAUCUGGUGCGCCUGCAGCGCAAACCAGAGGAUAUUCGCAAUAUCUGUAUUUUAGCCCAUGUUGAUCACGGCAAAACGUCCUUGACAGACAGUCUUAUCGCCACAAAUGGCAUCAUUUCACCAAAACUGGCGGGCAAGAUCCGUUAUCUGGAUUCCCGACCAGAUGAGCAGCUCAGAGGAAUUACUAUGGAGUCAUCAGCUAUCUCACUCUUUUUCUCCAUGUUGAGGCGCCCUGCUCCGGACGCUGCGCCAGUGCCGAAGGAGUAUCUGAUCAACUUGAUCGACUCCCCGGGACAUAUUGACUUCAGCAGUGAGGUAUCAACUGCUUCGCGGCUAUGCGACGGUGCAGUUGUUCUUGUGGACGCUGUCGAAGGUGUCUGCAGUCAGACAGUAACUGUCCUACGACAAACAUGGGUCGAGCAGCUUAAGCCGUUGCUUGUGAUUAACAAGAUGGAUCGAUUAAUCACAGAAUUGAAAAUGAGUCCUGCUGAGGCAUACUCUCACUUGAACAAACUUGUGGAACAGGUGAAUGCUGUUAUUGGAAGUUUCUACCAGGGAGAGAGAAUGGAAGAAGAUCUUCUCUGGAGAGAACGAAUGGAAGAGCGUUUGAACGCUGCAGCUAGCAAGGAGAAAGACCGUUCUAAGAAGCAGGCGCUGGAGACAACUGCUGAGGCUACUGCUGAGGCCACUGUUGAGAUUGCCGAGUUUGAGGAACGAGGCGAUGAGGACCUCUACUUUGCCCCGGAAAAGAACAAUGUUAUUUUCUGCAGUGCCUUGGACGGAUGGGCGUUUACCAUCCGUCAGUUUGCAGCAAUAUACGAGCGAAAACUCGGCAUUAAGCGUUCUGUUUUGGAGAAGGUUCUCUGGGGCGAUUUCUACUUGGAUCCCAAGACCAAGCGAGUACUUGGCUCCAAGCACCUAAAGGGGAGAGCACUAAAGCCCAUGUUCGUCCAGUUGGUCCUGGAUAGUAUCUGGGCCGCCUAUGAAGCCACGACUGGAGGUGGGAAGGGCAAGGGUGACCCAGCGCUACUAGAGAAGAUCACAAAGUCUCUGAAUAUUACGAUACCCCCUCACAUUUUGCGCUCCCGGGAUCCCAAGAAUAUCAUGACAACAUUGUUCUCACAAUGGCUACCUCUUUCAACAGCUCUCCUCGUAACAGUCAUCGAAUAUCUUCCUAACCCUAUUACCGCCCAAGCUUCCCGGUUGCCCGAGAUGAUCGAAGAUUCACCAGGCGCCAACUUUAUAGAUCCAAAGGUGCGAGAAGCUAUGAUUAACUUCAAGACUGGACCCGAGGACCCGAUAGUGGCCUACGUGAGCAAGAUGGUUGCCAUCCCGGAGAGUGAACUUCCAUCCAACACGAAACGCACUGGUGGCACUAUGACUGCAGACGAGGCGCGAGAACUUGCACGCAAGAAGAGGGAAGAGAUCGCUCGACUUCAGGCCGAAGCGAAUGGAGAGCAGGGAGACUCUUAUUCCCAAAUUACAUCAUCUCUUGCGGCUGCAAGCCUGGAUUCGGAGCCUGCCAAUGGCACUGAGGAGAAGCAAGAGCGGGAGCACUUGAUUGGAUUCGCACGGCUUUACUCUGGAACCCUUUCUCUCGGAGAUUCGAUCUAUGUUCUUCCACCAAAGUUCUCUCCAGCUAAUCCUCAUGCCAGUCCGGAACCGAAGAAGGUCACUAUCACAGGUCUCUACCUUCUGAUGGGAAGGAGCUUGGAACCUCUGAAGUCGGUGCCCGCAGGUGUUGUCUUCGGAAUCGCGGGCCUUGCAGGCCAUGUUCUCAAGACUGGUACUCUCUGCAGCCAACUGGAGGGCAGCGUCAAUCUGGCUGGUGUGUCCAUAACAAGUCCGCCUAUUGUGCGGGUUGCUCUGGAGCCCACAAACCCAGGAGAUCUGAACAAGAUGAUUACCGGACUCCGUCUUCUGGAGCAAAGUGACCCUUGCGCCCAAUACGAAGUCCUUCCCAGUGGUGAGCAUGUCAUCUUGACAGCGGGAGAACUGCAUCUUGAGCGCUGUCUGAAGGAUCUGCGCGAGAGAUUCGCCAGAUGCGACAUCCAAGCCGGUGAAGCUAUAGUUCCUUACCGCGAAAGUAUCGUCAAAGCACCAGAAAUGGCAGUUCCAAAGAACCCAGAGCUUGGCAGGGGUGGUGUUAUAGCAGUCUCUCCAUCAAAACAGCUGACGGUUCGCUUGCGUGUCGUCCCGCUGCCUGCAGAGGUUACUGAGUUCCUGAGCAAACAUGUUGGAACGAUCAGACGCAUACAGUCUGAUAAACGAGCCAAGGCUGGCGUAAAAAUGGAGCGCGAAGAGUCUAACGAACCCGCCGAAAACCAGGCUGAAGCGGAUAACGAUGAAACUCGAGAGCGGAACACCUUGUCCCUUGAGGAGUUCAGGAAGGAGCUGCAAAAGCUCUUCAGUGAGGUCAAAGAUGACAAGGAACUGUGGCAAAACGUUGUCGACAAAAUAACGGCAUUUGGCCCUCGACGAGUAGGACCCAAUAUCCUCGUUGAUGCCACCGCAGCCAACACAUCAGAGAAGUUCCUCCUCGAGGACCAAAGAGAACAAUCCAACGGGCACAGCCAUUCAGAAGACGCGGCCUUGGAACACCAAGCCUUCAGUGUCAGAGACUUUUCCGACAAGAUCUCCUACGCAUUCCAACUGGCAACGGGUCAAGGCCCUCUCUGCCACGAACCUGUCCAAGGAAUCGCUGUUUUCCUCGAAGACGUAUCCGUGAACGCCAACGGCGAGGAACUCGACGUCGGCCGUUUAACAGGCGAAGCCAUCAAAACAGUUCGAGACUUGAUUUGGCAAGGAUUCCUAGACUGGAGUCCACGCAUUCUUCUAGCCAUGUAUAGUUGUGAGAUUCAAGCAUCAAGUACGUUUCUCCCCCCCCUUCUCUUCCCCACUUUUCACCCCCUAAACAUAUAUAUAUACAUAUACAUAUCCAGCGAAAUGAGAAUCAAAUCAACCCACUAACCCAUCCUACCCUCCAAACAGCCGAAGUCCUAGGCCGCGUCUAC